UUCAAAUCUCAAUCUGAACAGCAAAACUGCUAAACCCAAACCAUGUGAAUGCAGCAUAUGUGGAAAAGUCUUCAAGUGUCACUCGUCCCUUAAUAGACACAUGAAAUGUCACACUGGACACAAACCAUGACUCAGUGGCCAUUGAGGAUGUGGCUGUGAACUUCACCCAAGAGGAGUGCGCUUUACUGCAUCCUUCACAGAAGAAACUCUACAGGGAUGUGAUGCAGGAAACCUUAAGGAACCUGGCCUCAGUAGAAAUCGUAAGGUAGAGAGACUGUGCAGAAGUAAAAAGAGCAGUCAAUAUGGAGAAAUCUUUAACCUUAUUUCAAAUCUCAAUCUGAACAGCAAAACUGCUAAACCCAAACCAUGUGAAUGCAGCAUAUGUGGAAAAGUCUUCAAGUGUCACUCGUCCCUUAAUAGACACAUGAAAUGUCACACUGGACACAAACCAUGUAAGUAUCAGAAAUAUGGAGAGAAGCCAUAUAAAUGUAAGGAAUGUGGUAAAGCCUUCAGUUACUUCAAAUUUUUUGAAAACCGUAAGAGCACUCACAACGGAGAGAAAAAGUACAAGUGAAGGAAUGUGGAAGAGCUUGCCAUUCUCACACAUCCUUUCAUACACAUGAAAGGAUUCACACUGGAGAAAAGCCCCACGAAUGUCAGGAAUGAGACAAAGCCUUCAUGUGGCCCACGACCUUUCGAAGACAGAUGAUAACACACACGGGAGAUGUUCCGUACAGGGGUAAGGAAUGUGGGAAGGGCUUUAGUUGUUCUGCUUCAUUGCAAACACAUGAAACAGCUCACACUGGAGAGAAACCCUAUCAGUGUAAACAGCGUGGAAAACUCUUUCGAUAUCCUCAAACCUUACAAACACAUGAAAGGACUCACACGGGAGAGAAACCAUAUGAAUGUAAGCUGUGUACCAAAGCUUUCAUUUGUGUCAGUUCUCUUAGAAAACAUCAAAGAACUCGUACAGGGGAAAAACCUUAUCAGUGUGAGGAAUGUGGGAAAGCGUUUAGUGUUCUCUCAAGCCUUCGAGUCCACGGGAUCAGUCACACUGGACAUGGACCUUAUAAAUGUAAGCAGUGUGAGGAAGCAUUCACUUCUCCCAGUGCAUUUCGAGUACAUGGAAGGAGUCACAGUGGAGAAAAUCCCUAUGAAUGUGAACUAUGUGGAAAAGCCUACAAAUAUUCCCUACAAACACAUGAAAGAAGUCAUACUGGAGAGAAACCAUAUGAAUGCAAGGAAUGUGGGAAAGCUUUUAGAUAUUCCCAAUCUGUUCGAUACCAGGAGAUGACUCACACUGGAGAGAAACCCUAUGAAUGUAAACAAUGUAGAAAAGCCUUCAGGUAUUAUCAAAGUUGGCAAGCCCCAUGUAAGGACUCAAUGUAAGCAAGGUGAAAAAGCCUACAGAUGUCACAGUUCCUUAGAAAUGCAUGAAAGAACUCAUACUGGAGGGAAACCCCAUGAGUGUGUUGGAAUGUGGAAAAGUCUUCAGAUGUUACCAGAGUUUUCUAACACAUGAAAGAAAUCCCACUGGAGAGAAAUUCUAUUAAUAUAAAAGUUGUAGUAAAAUAUCCAAAUGUUCCAGUUAUCUUCAAAAACACGAAAGCAUUCACACAGGAGAGAAAUCCUAUGAAUGUGAACAUUGUGGUAAAGCCUUCAUUGCUCACGCAACCAUGCGAAGACACGUGAGAGUGCACACACAAGAAAUAUCAUUUAAAUGUGAAGACUGGGAAAGUCUACUAUCAUCCCAGUUCCUUCUGAAGGCUUGAAAGGACUCAUUGUGUAAAAUUUCUUGAAUAUGAAGUGUAGGAAAGACUUCAGUUGGCCCACAUCCUUGAAUGUGAAAACUCACACCAAAAAGAAAUGUAAAUGUAUGUAGCAUGAGAAACCACGUAAAUAUUCCAGGAAACUAUCAACUUGAAAAGGUUUUAUUAAAGUUUUAAAUAUAUUAUGUUUAUUAAGCCUCUGUAUACCAGUGGAAUGCAGAAUGUAAAUUAUUUUCCGAAGUGGACAUCCUGCGAGUCAUCUUUAAACAAUAGUACAUAAUAAUAAUAAUUAGUAAUU